CACAGUGCGAAGCCAGAGCAGAAGGCGGGAGUUGCUCUCUCGCUCUCUCUCCAGCCUCCACCCCCCCCCCUCCUUCCUCUCCGUCUCUCUCCGUCUCUCCUCCUCUUCUCUCUCUCUCCCCUCUCUCUCCAUCAUCGCACACACACACCGCGGGUGCUGCACACACACAGCCUUGCCGGGCUGCACUGUUGUCAGUCCUGGAAUGUAAGCACGACUGUGAGGAGACUGUGAGGAGACUGUUCCGCCGACGCCGCCGCCGCCGCCGACUCGGAGAACCGCUCAGGAACUAAGGACUCUUUAAGUACACCCGACCCCCCCCUCCUCCCUCCCCCCCCUGGUGCUCUCCCUUUCCUCUCCUCUCCCGCUCACCUCUCCCCCCCGAGCGGGUUCGGAUGCCUGGCUGAGAGACCCCCGAGGAGACAACCAGAACCAAAGACACGACCUGGAGACUAACAUGUCUGAUUCUGAAGACGUUGCUUCUCGGCGUUCACACUCUACCAAUCACGCCAAGCUUGUUACGAUAAUUUUCGAUUACAAUAAAAAGUCACAACCGCCAGACCAGAACCGUUUGGAUACCAUGACAGCCACUCAGCACGCGCUGCUACUCUGGGUGCUGGCCUUGCUCUGGCCAGCCGCCGCCCUGCCCUUCCUGCCGGGGAAUAUAGGCCAAGCGUUGGGAUUGUCGGACGGCGAGGGAGCUGGCAGGAUUCUUCACCGCUCCAAGCGGGGCUGGAUGUGGAACCAGUUCUUUCUGAUGGAGGAGUACACCGGCACCGACCAUCAGUACGUCGGAAAGCUGCACUCCAACAUGGACAAGGACGACGGCAACGUCAAGUACGUGCUGACGGGCGAGGGCGCGGGCAACCUGUUUAUCAUCGACGAGAAGUCGGGCGACAUCCACGCCACUAAGAGGCUGGACCGCGAGGAGAAGGCCAUGUACACGCUGCACGCCAAGGUCAUCGACCGCCGCACCAACCGCGAGAUGGAGGCCGACACCGAGUUCAACAUCAAGAUCCACGACAUCAACGACAACGAGCCCAAGUUCGCCAAGGAGAUCUUCUUUGCCAGCGUGCCCGAGAUGUCCGAAGUCGGUACAUCCGUUGCCACGGUGACAGCCAACGACGCCGACGACCAGACUUAUGGGAACAGCGCCAGGUUGGUGUACAGCAUCCUGCAAGGGCAGCCGUACUUUUCCGUGGACUCAGAGAACGGCACCAUCAAGACUGCGCUGCCGGGAAUGGACCGGGAGGUGAAGGAGAACUACCAGGUGGUGAUCCAGGCCAAAGACAUGGCGGGCCAGAUGGGGGGUCUUUCAGGGACCACCACAGUCAGCAUCACUCUCUCCGACGUCAACGAUAGCCCGCCGCGCUUCGCUAACCAUUCGUUCCGGGUCACCGCGGUCGAGUCCACGGAGGUGGGCGGGGCCAUCGGACGCAUCAAAGCUGAUGACCCGGACAUCGGACGCAACGCGGAGAUGGACUACAGCAUCGUGGGGGGCCACGACAUGUUCAACAUCAUCACCGACCAGACCACUCAGGAGGGGGUGCUGGUGGUGAGGAAGGGUCUGGACUACGAGGAGAAGCGGGACUACGAGUUCCGGGUGGAGGUCCGCAACACCUACCUGGACGCCCGCUUCGUCCACGGGCUGCAGUUCAAGGACUUCGCCACGGUCCGCGUGACGGUGGAGGACGUGGACGAGCCGCCCGUCUUCACCCGUAACCCCUACGUCAUCGAGGUCCACGAGGACACAGCGGCGGGCAGCUUCGUGGGCGUGGUGUCGGCUCGGGACCCCGACGCCGAGAGCAAGCCCGUCAAAUACUCCAUCGACCGCCACACGGACCUAGAGAGGCUGUUCAACAUCGACUCUGUGAACGGCAGCAUCACGACCCUGAAGGCCCUGGACCGAGAGAUGUCCCGCUGGCACAACAUCUCCGUGGUCGCCACGGAAAUAAACAACCCUCGCCAGACAACACGCGUCCCCGUGUUCAUCAAGGUGCUGGACGUCAACGACAACGCCCCCGAGUUCGCCAUGUCCUACGACACCUUCGUCUGCGAGAACGUCAAAGCAGGACAGCUGAUCCAGACGAUCAGUGCUGUGGACACAGAUGAACCUCUUGUCGGCCACAAAUUCGUCUUCAGCAUAGCCCCAGCCAACCCAAACUUCACCAUAGUGGACAGAGAAGACAACACGGCCAACAUCCUGACGCGGAGGGGCGGGUUCCGGCGCCGCGAGAUGAGCAUGUACUUCCUGCCCGUCGUCAUCUCGGACAACGACUACCCCAUCCAGAGCAGCACCAGUACGCUGAUUGUGCGCGUGUGCGCAUGCGACAGCCGCGGCAACAUGCAGACGUGCAACCCCGAGGUGCUGCCCUUCUCCGACGGCCUCACCACCGGCGCCCUGGUGGCCAUCCUGCUCUGCGUCGUCAUCCUCCUCAUGAUCGUGGUUCUGUUCGCCGCCCUGCGGAGGCAGAGGAAGAAGGAGCCCCUGAUCAUCUCCAAGGAGGACGUGCGCGACAACGUGGUGAGCUACAACGACGAAGGCGGCGGCGAGGAGGACACCCAGGCCUUCGACAUCGGCACGCUGCGCCACCCCGAGGCCAUGGACGCCAACAAGAUGAGGCGGGACAUCAUCCCCGAGAUGCUGUUCCCGUACCGACGGUCGUCGCCGACCAAGGACCACAACGGGGACGUACGGGACUUCAUCAAUGGCCGCCUGCAGGACAACGACAGCGACCCCACGGCGCCGCCCUACGACUCGCUGGCCACCUACGCCUACGAGGGCAGCGGGUCGCUGGCCGAGUCCCUGAGCUCGCUGGAGUCGGGCGCCACAGAGGGAGACCAGGAUUACGAUUACCUCACCGGCUGGGGCCCGCCCUUCAAGAAGCUGGCAGAGAUGUACGUGGCCAAGAGCCCCGAUAGAGAGACUUAGGAGUGCGGUGCUGCCGGUGGUGGCUUGAGGAUUCUCUAUCUUGCUUUCACUUUCGCUUUAGCUUUCUCUUUCUCUUUUUCUUUCAUUUUCUCUUUCGCUCCCUCUCUCCCUCUCCCUCUCCCACUCUCUCCCCCUCUCACUCCCUUUCUCUCUCUCUCUCUCUCUCUCACACAAAUGCACAUACUGUACACACACACACUCACACAUUCCUGCCAUCUGGGUGUGGAUGUUUCGGAAAACGUUGGAAGCCAGAACUUGAACUUGAAGCGGAACUUUCUAAACCAAUUGAGGAAAAAACUAAAGGUUUUACUCGCAGUUUUACUGUUUUUUGGUUUUUCCUUUUUGGGUCUUAAAUCAGUAAAGAUGCCUUUUGAAUUUUAGGACAUUUUGUGAAUCAUAGUGAGGGCAACGUGUUUUGUAACUGAGCUGAGAGAUAGUAGUGUUGUAUACUAUCGGUGUUUAAUGGCGGCAGGCUUAAGGGUUUUAUUGGUGGGUAGAGAUUUUUUCAGUUACUUCUUGCCCAAUUACAUUAGAUACUGUAAAUGUACAAACUGUUUUUUGAUGAUGGACAUCCUAUAUACUAUUUGGUAUCUUCGUUUGACAAGCAAUGUUCAUGAAUGUUCGUGGAUGGUUGGUGCAGUUUAAUUCGUCGAAACUGUGUACUCAUGAUUUCAUCGUAUAUGUGUAAUAUGUAAUGGGAAAAAAAGAAAGUGUAUCUUUUAGGAUUAAAACAAAAAACACCCUGUCAUACACUGGAUUCAAUGCCAUUUGAAUGCUGAGUCAUAUUGUUUUAUAUUUAUAUUUUUAUACUUAUUUUCUUAAUAAAAAUGAUGGGAAACUA